AUGGCCGACGAUCGAGAAUACGACGGAUACAAUCCCAAUCCAAAGAGGCGCCGGCUGGAUUCCGCGCGCCCACACCCGCAUCAAAGGUUUCAAAAUGGAUCGUCGCGCGGCUCAACCCCUCGAGCGCAGUCGCGGUACGCGCCUACACCUCCUCGGGAGCCUGAAGGACCAGCACCAACCGAAGAAGACUCGUUAGUACUGGAUCGCGACUGGUACGGAGGCGAUGAAUUUGGAGGCCACACGUUUGGAGAUGAUACCCAUAACCCCUUUGGCUCUUACGAAUCAACAUGGGAGACACAACGACAAGAAUCAGUACAGCACGAAAAGAUGUCGAGCCGGUUCGACGCCCGACGGGAACAGAGACAGCGGGAAAAUGAUGCCUGGGAGACGAAUCGAAUGCUCCAGUCAGGUGUUGCGCAACGAAGAGACGUGGCAGCCGAUUUCGACGACGACGAGACGACCCGAGUCCAUUUGCUGGUGCAUGAUCUGCGCCCGCCAUUCUUGGACGGCAGGACGAUUUUCACCAAGCAGCUCGAACCAAUCCCUGCGGUAAAGGACCCUCAGAGUCACAUGGCUGUAUUCAGUCGAAAGGGCAGCAAGGUAGUCAAGGAAGCACGGCAGCAACGAGAGCGACAGCGACAGGCCAAGGAAGCUACAAGCAUGACCGGCACGACACUGGGAAACAUCAUGGGGGCGAAGGACGAGGAUGGCGACUCUGCGUUACCGGUGCCGGCUGAGGAUGAUGUCGACCACAGUGAGCGCAAGGGCAACAAGUUCAGCGAGCACAUGAAGAAAUCAGACGGCGCAAGUAACUUCAGCCAGAGCAAGACAUUACGGGAGCAGCGAGAAUACCUUCCUGCUUUUGCAGUUCGCGAGGAUCUCCUCCGCGUCAUCAGGGAGAACCAGGUGGUCAUCUGCGUGGGUGAAACGGGUUCGGGCAAGACGACCCAGUUGACCCAGUUUCUCCACGAGGACGGAUACGGAAGCACUGGCAUGAUCGGAUGCACACAACCACGUCGAGUUGCGGCAAUGAGUGUGGCGAAACGAGUGGCUGAAGAGAUGGAGGUGAAGCUCGGAAGUACCGUCGGUUAUGCGAUCCGUUUCGAAGACUGCACCAGCAAGGAGACGGUCAUCAAGUACAUGACAGACGGUGUCCUUCUUCGAGAGUCCCUCAAUGAGCCCGACCUGGACAGAUACUCGUGCGUCAUCAUGGACGAGGCGCACGAGCGUGCGCUGAACACGGAUAUCCUGAUGGGUCUGUUUAAGAAGAUUCUCCAACGGCGUCGCGAUUUGAAGCUCAUUGUCACCUCUGCCACAAUGAACUCGAAGCGUUUCUCCGACUUCUUCGGGGGCGCCCCCGAGUUUAUCAUCCCCGGUCGAACGUUUCCUGUUGAUGUCAUGUUCCAUCGGUCUCCGGUGGAGGAUUACGUCGACCAAGCUGUCCACCAGGUACUGUCGAUUCACGUCUCCAUGGGCCCUGGCGACAUCUUGGUUUUCAUGACGGGUCAGGAAGAUAUUGAAAUUACCUGCGAGCUGAUCCAGAAACGACUGGAUGCGCUCAAUGAUCCGCCCAAGCUCAGUAUCCUGCCCAUUUACAGUCAGAUGCCAGCAGAUCUCCAGGCUAAGAUUUUCGACAAGGCUGCACCUGGUGUCCGCAAGUGUAUCGUUGCCACCAACAUUGCCGAGACAAGUCUAACGGUUGAUGGUAUCAAGUACGUGGUGGAUGCUGGUUACUCCAAGAUGAAAGUCUACAACCCCAAGAUUGGUAUGGAUACCCUCCAGAUCACACCAAUCUCGCAGGCGAAUGCCUCGCAGCGUUCGGGUCGUGCUGGUCGAACUGGGCCUGGAAAGGCGUUCCGACUAUUCACGGAGAAGGAGUUCAAGGAAGACCUCUACUUGCAAACGAUUCCUGAAAUCCAGCGCACCAACCUUGCCAACACAGUCCUGAUGCUCAAGUCACUAGGUGUCAAAGACCUCUUGGACUUUGACUUUAUGGACCCCCCUCCCCAGGAUACUAUCACGACCUCGAUGUUUGAUCUCUGGGCCCUCGGGGCCUUGGACAACCUUGGCGAGCUCACAGAACUCGGGAGGAAGAUGAGCGCUUUCCCUAUGGACCCAUCCUUGUCCAAGCUGCUUAUUACGGCAGAAGAGUAUGGCUGCAGUGAGGAGAUGAUCACGAUCGUGUCCAUGCUCUCAGUCCCCAACGUCUUCUAUCGGCCCAAAGAGAGACAAGAUGAGGCUGAUGCUGCCCGUGAAAAGUUUUGGGUGCACGAGUCUGAUCACUUGACGUACCUCCAAGUUUAUACGAAUUGGAAGGCCAAUGGCUAUUCAGAUGGCUGGUGUGUCAAGCACUUUUUGCACCCCAAGUCGUUGAGGCGAGCCAAGGAGAUUCGUGAGCAGCUCUUGGAUAUCAUUCGAAUGCAAAAGAUGGAACUGACGAGCUGCGGGAUGGACUGGGAUAUUGUCCGGAAGUGCAUCUGCUCUGGAUACUACCAUCAGGCCGCCAAAUACAAGGGUUCAGGGGAAUACAUCAACCUGCGGACGAACCUUGGAGUACAACUACAUCCCACGAGUGCCCUCUACGCCGGGCACCCGCCCGACUACGUCGUGUAUCACGAGUUGAUCCUCACCUCCAAGGUUUAUGUGUCAACGGUUACGGCGGUGGACCCGCAUUGGCUAGCUGACCUGGGAGGCGUCUUCUACUCGGUCAAGGAGAAGGGAUACUCGGUGAGGGAGAAGCGAAUCACCGAGGUCGAGUUCAACCGGAAGAUGGAGAUUGAGGCUAAGAUGGCUGAUGACAAGCGAAAAGAGGAGGACCGGAAGCACGCGGAGGAGGAGCGGUCUCAGAAGAAGAAGAAGAUUGGCUCAGACGGGAAGAAGUUUGUGACGCAAGGAGCUGUGAAGAAGCCCGUCAUCAAGAGGCGGGGGAGAGGGUUCUAG